CAUUGUUAAUGCGACACCUUUCAAUUGCCCUUCCAGCAAAUAUUUGCAGUUACGCACUAAACUGAUUGGCUUACUUUAAAUUGUGUGUAAAUUCACCCAUAUAUAUCAUUUGGUCACAAAGUGAGCAAAUUCGUCAAAGUUUCUCGCAGUGAAAUUCGUAUUACUCAGUAAACCAGUAUGUUCCAGAAACUAGUCUUCUUUGCGUGCUUGCAAGUUAUCUUCAGUUAUUAUCUAUAUAAUGAUAAAACUAACCAGGUUAUUUCAUAUCCUGCGCUAGACAAAUUGCCAGAGGGAUUCAAAAUAAUUCGUCCUCCAAGAACAUUAAAAAGAGCAUUUAUAGAUAGGUCCAACUUAGUUUGCCAAGAUAGUGGCUUCCACUGCAAGGAACCGUUCGACAAAUCUGCAACAUUUCAAUUUGAAUGUGAAAUCGAUGAUCAAUGUCCCCAAAAUUAUAAGUGCUGUCCGCAGAAAUGUUUUAAACAUAAAAUAUGUUCACAAGGAAACAUUCACAGUUAUGGAAUUGGCAACGGCCCUUCUGUGAAUCCUUUUAUUCAUAGAAGAUCCAGCCAACCUGACAAUGAUUCGUCUAAGAACCAGAAGACACCUAGACACUGUCAAAAAUGGCCAUAUCCUUGCUCACGGCCAUACUCGUACCAUUUUUCAAACCCAUAUAAAUGCGACAUAGACGCACAAUGUCCACAAGGGUAUUUAUGUUGUCAGCAGGAUUGUUUUCUGCAUAAAAUUUGCUCCAAGGAGCUUUCUUCAGAUGAGUACGUCGAGGAAUUAAGAAGAGAUGAUCAAUCUGCAGUAACUAAAAGAACUACUACUUUAGAACCAGAAAUAACGUCUGCAACUGAUGCUCAAACCGAAACUACAACUAAUGAAGCUACUACUCCUACCACAACUGAGCCAACCACUACAGAAGAAAGCAAUUCAGAAGAUGAAGAUAGCGAGGAAACAACCACUGUUAUCGAGAUCACAACCAAGGAGAAUGAUAUGGAAGAAAAAGAUAAUGAGGAUAAUAAAGAGAAUACUAACGAAAGAAAUCCUGUGGCUAUUGAAACUACCACCGAAAAAGAAGACAGUGAGUAUGAGGAAGAAGAUGAGAGUGAAGAGAGUGAAGAAGAAAUUAAAACUACCACUGUAGAUCCCAAUGCCAUCAUCCCUGAAUAUAAAGACUAUUACGAUUCUGCUGAAUCUGAAGCUGAAUAAAAUCUGAAUGAAGUACAAAUUAUUGAGCUUUUUGUAUUAAACUAUUAUUUUAUUUGCUCUGUUUUUAUAAUUUUAAAUAUACUUAUCAAUUCAUACUGACAGAAUGAAGUUGCAUACAAUAAAUAUACAUUUUUUUA